AUGUUUCCGCUGUUACUGAAGCGCCCAGGUGCGGAAGACGUUCUGAAGAGAAACCUGCCGCGAACGCGUGCGGUUCAACAUGCCGCCUUCCGUGCGGAGCGAGCAAGCGAGUCAGAAGCGGUCCGGCGCGUGCGGGCGCAUUUGCAACGGGCGGUUGAUCGGAGAAACGAAGUACACAGACAGGAUAUCCGCAACAGAACGCGAGUGGGGGAAGGAGUCCUAAUGCAAAACCGAAUUUUGCAAGAACUGUUGCGGGACGCAGAGGCAGAAGAUGAACUCUUGCGUUCUUCCUCUCUAGCCCCGCCGGAGCAAGAGCUCCGUCGCUUGUGGGAAGAGCGCUGUCAGCUUGUCCACGAGAGGCGGGCCACCCCCGCGAUUCUGAGGGACCCGGAUGGCAUCGGCGGUGAGGUAAGACCGCAGGACGUGCCUGUGGAAGACCUCGAGCACCAACGGGAGCUGCAGGACCGGAUGUUGCCACUUUUGUUACAGAGACCGAACGCCGCGGAGGGGCUGCGGACGUAUCUACAACGAGUUUUUGAGCGACGAAGAGUUCAAGAAGAACAACGCCGCGGAGAUGAGCCGCGUGGAGGAGCAGACGCGGAUAUGGAUGAAGCUCAGCUGCACAUACUAGACCGAGCGCGACAGCAUUUGGCUCAGGCGGAAGAAAAGCAGGCAGGCCGCUCGGAAGCAGGAGCAGUUGUCACGAGUGGUCCGCAGGCCUCUGAAAUUGCAGCUGCGGCCUCUUCAAGUUCCUCAUCCAGUGGCGCCGCAGGAGCUUUUCGAGGUGCCGCUCCUGGUCCACCUCAUCGACCGCAAGGCCCUAACCAGCCGGGACAACUAGUGCCCUCGCCCAGGAUAGACAUAGACCCAAGAAUUUUCCAAGGCUAUGUGACCAGCCCAGAAGAGCAGCAAACUGCGAUCCAGCUCCUGCAGCAGUGGAUCGUGCGGCGGCCGAGGGUCGGUGCACCGGUCGUGGUGCACCGAGAAACAGCAGGAGGUCAUGAGCGCGUAGUAGCACCACUAUCGGCACCGAUGUUGAACGAGCAACAACGACACCUGCAGGAGAUGUUCGUCAGGUUGCUCGACCGGCAAGAGUGGACCCGUCCUUACAUACUCCGCAUCGCUGAAGGGUCCACCUCCGGUGAUCGUCCCGAACCGGUCCUAGAAACGUGGUCCUUGAGCGACAACCCGAAUGUUCGGUUCUUGGUCAGAGAUUUUUACACGGUGACCGAGGGGAAUGGACAGAGGCAGCGAGCUGUGGUGGUCACCGGUUUUCAGCCGGGCGAGCAGGCAACUCAGGAGGGAAGAAGAGACCGCAGCGGAUUGGUGUUUUCGCCGGAAUACGAACUAGACCACCUAACAGUGUUUGAAGCAGUGGCGCAAACUGGUGCUCUUCCUGGUAAGGUGGUUUGGCACAGCCUGGAAAGUUGUCCACCAUCGGAAGCGGCACGGGAACUGCGUACCCAGCGUCAGCAAGCAGCAACUGCCGGAACUGCGUCCUCAGGAAGUGGGACUGAAAGUAUUACCCAUAUUACACCACCAUGAACAAGAUCGGAAACAUUUUCAUUUUAGCACGAACGUCUUUUCAGCAACUACAACUUGAAGUGGAGAACAUAGAAGACAAAAUGCGUUGUACAAUUUUUUGUGACGAUGUUUAUUUCAGGACCACGACCGCGGACCACGACAUGCUGACUCAGCCGUAGUUUUAUUGCCACGCUGAUGUUAUGAAUGUGAAUGGGCCACAGGCUUUCCAUAUACUAGUGAUCACGAUUGAUGAAAAGCACUGACAUAUUUUUCUCAAAAACGCCAUGAGUUUUUUCGACACAAGUUUGUUUGGUCAACGAACAAAUGAGCCCGUGCCACUUCUACAACACUAAGUUCCGUUCAUUAACGCGUCUCUGACGAUGAAAAGCAAAAGUACAAAUGUAUAAUAGCACAGCCGUCACACAGCGACCACCACAGCAUGCACAUUCAAGCGAGUAAUUACUUAUUGUUCAUCGCAAGACGAGCACUACGUUAUUUGACACAGAUCGUAGUGGAUCGACAUGGAUUUCGUGAAACACGAAAAAAAUGGCGGUCACAUGAUUACGACCUCAUGAAAGAAUCUACGGAACUACAACUAGCCCAACUGUAGUACAAGGAACUCGCACAUGAGCUUUACAUGAUUGAUAGGACCUGCUUCGCCGGAAGAGAUUGCACGUGAAAGAUGAUGAACAUCAAU